CUCCCCCGCGCCACUGCUGCUUCCAACAACAAGCGGUAGUAAGCAAUAUGGCCGACGUAGGGAAGAAGUACUGUGUGAACUGCCUGGCAGAUGUUACGAAUUUGCGGAUUCGUUGUGCCGAAUGUCAAGAUAUUGAACUUUGCCCGGAGUGCUUCUCCGCCGGUGCCGAAAUCGGCAACCAUAGACGAUGGCAUGGCUAUCAGCAAGUUGACGGCGGGCGCUUUUCGCUCUGGGGUCCCGAAGCAGAGGGAGGAUGGACUAGCAGGGAAGAACAGUCGCUGCUCGAUGCCAUCGAGCAAUAUGGAUUUGGUAACUGGGAGGAUAUGGCAGCCCAUGUUGGUGCAUCGCGCACCCCUCAGGAGGUCAUGGACCAUUAUGUGAGCAUGUAUAUCCAUGGGAAUCUGGGCAAAGCCUGCAUCACUGACAGCAUCCCCAACCGCGUGACAGACCACACUUGCCCAAGUGGAGGUCCGCUAUCUCCUAGUUUGACUACCCCGUUGCCCCCACUAGACAUAUCUGUGGCGGAGCAGCAGCAGCUUGGAUACAUGCCGCUUCGGGACGACUACGAGAUUGAAUAUGACCAGGAGGCAGAGAAACUCAUCAGUGGGUUGUCUGUAAACUACGACGAUGAAGAUAUUGAGAUUGAGAUGAAGCGAGCCCACGUGGACAUGUACGUGCGGAAGCUGCGUGAGCGCCAGCGCCGCAAAAACAUUGCUCGUGACUACAAUUUAGUGCCAGCCUUUCUGGGACGGGACAAAAAAGAUAAAGAGCGAGAACGACCGGGUGGAACAGGAGGGGUUGCGGGUGCAGGUGGUGCUCUUGGAUUGGGGGGCGUUACCACCAUCAUUCCAACAGGGCCGCUGGGCUCCUCUGCAGCAGCAACCCCGAAACGCAAAAUCACCAAGGAAGAGAAGGAGCAACGGACCAAACUACGUGGUCUUUGCCAGUUCAUGCCACAGCGUGAGUUUGAAGAAUUCUUCGAUAACAUGCACAAAGAGCGCAUGCUACGGGCGAAGGUUCGGGAGCUUCAGCGUUAUCGGCGAAAUGGCAUCACGAGGCUCGACGAGUCGGCCGAGUAUGAGGCAGCACGCCACAAACGGGAAAAACGGAAAGAGAACAAAAGUGUUGCUGGCUCAAAGAGAGGCAGCAGUGGUGGAGGAGGAGCGGCCGGGCUUGGAGGAGGGGUUGGAGCAGGAGGUGGGCUUGGCGGCGGUGGAGGAGUCAGUGCCAUUAAAGAGGAGGGGAAGGACAGUGAGUUCUCAGCUAUCGAGAACCUGUCUGGCUUUGAGCUGCUGUCGGAUCGGGAGAAGGUACUGUGCAACUCUAUGAACCUUAGUCCUACGCGCUAUCUGACUGUCAAGACUAUCAUCAUCAAAGAUCACUUACAGAAACGGCAGGGCAUUCCCUCGAAAAGCCGCCUACCCAGCUACCUGGACAAGGUGCUGAAAAAACGGAUUCUGAAUUUUUUGUCGGAGAGUGGCUGGAUAUCCCGAGAAACCUCUUAACGACACUGUCCAAAGAUUCGGCUGUAUGAAUAAUGAUUGUAAAUAUAUUUUUCUACUGUUUUAUAAUGGAUCUCAGAAAAGCCUGUGAGAACAAAAUGACUGUAGAUGCCACACUACUGGAUGUGGACCUUCAGUCAGUCUAACAUGUGUGUCUUUGAUCUCAGAUCUCCUCAUAGGAUCAUAAACAUAGGGAAAUUCCUGUUAUAGAAGGUACAUAAUCAGUAUCCAUCAUAGGGAACAUUCCAGUAUGUUGUCCUGUGUAACACAUCAGAAUAUAACACAAAACCCAUUGCCCCUUGUUAAAAUGCCUCCGUUUUGAAUGUGAUUUUGAGUGGCACUUGAAUGUUCCCUGCCAAUAGAGUUUCAACAGAAUGCUUAAUGUUGUACAAAGCAGAGUUUUGGUUCUGAGUUUCUUGUUUUGUCAUAAGA